UUCCCCUUAAUUCACUUUUCCCAUGACAAGUGAAAUUUUUAAAAUUUUUAUAUUGGAUAUAUACCUCAUAUGGAUUUUAUUUUGAACUAUUUGCUCCCCAAAACAUGACCUACUAAUAAUAGAUACAAAUUUUUGACAUUGUUUGGCUUUUAGAAAUAGGCCUACUUAUUGUUUUUUUUUUAAAGGAUGAAAUCGAUUUAUCAGACAAUUCUUCUCUGUUUUUUUUCAUGAGGUAUUGUAGUUUUUUUCGUUUUAUUCGUUCGAUCAUUCUUUAAAAUCCCAAAUAUUUGUAUACUCAAUAUACAGUCGAUAGAGUUUUAAUAAUUAGGUAUGCAUGAAGUGAUGGAAGAAUCUCAAGUCUCAAAAUGGUCGUUAAUGGAUUGAUUUAUAAGUUUAGCGGAAUUGAUCUAGUAUCUUUCUCUGUUUUGUUGUCCAUUUCUAUUAUCUUCUCUUCCAAGUAAAAUUGCAUUAAUUAUAACUUUAGAAUUGUUUUUACUAUUGUAUAUCGGACUGUUUCAGUAUAGGAAAUUAACUAAUUCUUAUUUGUUUUACUAUUUCAAGAAUCUUUAAUGAUUUUAAGUUAAACAACUGAAAAACUAAGUAGAGGAAGUUGAGUUUAUUAAUUGCACAUUUCAGCCAAUUAUUGCAAAGUAGAGAGUGACGUCAAAAAAAAUCGCUCUCUAAACGGAGAGAGAGACAGAGAGUGAGGAACGCAGAGACACAGUGCCAUAGUUAACUCGAAUACUUCAUUCUGCGUUGCACCAUGGAAAAGGAGGAUGCAAAUAAAACCGUUAUGAACAAUUUUACUUUCAACAGAUUUAUUUCAACGUUGCCGCCAUCAUUCGACUAUUUUAUAGCUUUUUACAUGAUCAUUCUAAUAUUGCUUACAGUACUCUUAAAUGGAUUGCUAUUAAUUGCCAAUUGGAGAAAACGUAAAAACCUCUCUACAUUCGAUAUUUGUCUAAUUAAUAUGAGCAUCUCUGGAAUAAUUCCAGCAAUAUUCAGUUAUCCUUUGCUCGUUUAUUCGUCAAUAAAUCACGGUUGGGCAUUUGGCGUUUCGGGUAAAUAGAAAUAUAUCUAUUAUAUUGUAUAAUACUUUUUCCUUAUAUCAAUAUAAUAACAACGAAAAUCCAUCUCUUAUAUUUUCUUUCUAAGCCUGUAAGAGGGACGGUUUCGUUGUGUUUUUCUUUGCCGUGGUGCAAAUAGCAACUUUGAUGCUUAUGAGUAUUCUUAGAUAUCUUAAAGUUUGUCAUCCGAUUAAGGGUAUUUUUUAUCAAUUAAUUGGUCUGUUUAAUUAUUAAACACUUUUUUUUAAUUACCAUCCUUACACAGAUAAUAUUUUAAACCAAAAUCAUGUAAUAGGAUUUGUUUUUUUAACGUACGUGUAUUCCGCCAUCUGGACUCUGGGUCCUUUGAUAGGUUGGGCUUCCUACGGAAUUGAGCCUUGGAAGUUAACGUGUUCAAUUGAUUGGACAAAUAUAACAACAUCCUAUUUAAUUUGUUGUUUUGUUGCUUGUUACCUAUUGCCUUUACUAUGCAUUAUUGGAUUUUAUUCAAGAAUUACUAUAGUCGUCGGAAACUUUUAUAGAAGCAGGCGAGUUUUAUCACACAGAGACAGAAAUCGCUAUGAUCAGCAUAUGUUAAAAUUAACUGUUGGAAUGAGUUCCGCCUUCUUCCUUGCAUGGACUCCUUACGCAAUCGUGUCUUUUAUGUCAUCUCUAAACAUGCAAACUAUUAGCAUAGCGGCCACACCAAUUCCGGCUAUUUUUGCCAAGUCUUCAACCGUUUAUAAUCCUAUUGUUUAUUAUUUGAUGAUUCAACGUUUUCGAGACGAAAUUUGGCAAUUACUGUGCAGCUUUCGACUAUCAAAAAAGAAGGUUGGUGGUAAAUCAGUAGAAGAAAUGAGGCAAGAACAAGACGAAAUGAAGGGAAUUAUGUUAGAACUGCUCAAGGAUGUUAAAGAAAUGAAACGGGGUAUGGCAAUUUCGUCUACUGAUUCUGAUGUAAAGAAAUCAUCAUCAAGUCAUAUUGCUUACAAGAACUUGGCGACUGAAGAUGAUCCUACAAUAUGUACCCAAGUCUGUAGUACACUAUGAUUGACUUUUGUAUUUAUUUCCAUAAAAAGUCUUUUAAAGAACGCGGUAUAAGAAUGUCUUUAAUUUUUAAGUAAAUACAUUUCUUUGCACCGAUCUUCUUUCUUAAACCGGCAACAAGCCUACUAUUCACUUUUGCGGCUACAUUUUCUUUAUUACCAUCGAGUGAGUUGUAGAAUUUAUAUUCAGUAUUCGCGACUGCCCCAAUAAUACCGUCAGUAUAUUUGUCCAUUUCGUACGAAUUGUCUACAGCGUCCACAUAGAAAGAUAAAUAACCUCUUCUUUUCACUAUUCGAAAAUCGACUGAUCUGAGUUCUUUCUGAUAUCUUCCUAAUAUUGUAUUAUCUCUGAGUUCUAAUGUUAAACCAUUUUUUUGGCCAUUAGUAAACCACCAGCUUUCGUCGCCUAGCCAUUGUUUAAGUCCGUCUCCUCCUGCAGUUUCCACAGAAUCCUUUCUAACGUACAAUAGUCUUCCAUCUUUUGAAUAAAUUUCAAUCUCUUCAACAAGAAAGCUAUCGGCAGUUGUUAACCAAACGGUUAAUGCGGAAAUUGAAUCGUGGAAUAUUUUUAACUUUCCACCAAGAGGCAUGCUUAUAUCAUAGCAGAGUUUUUGAAUUUUAUUAUUAAUGUCGAUUACACUUUGAAUUAAAUGGGUUUCACUCUCAUCACGUCCAACGAUACUUAAAACAUGCUCUCUCUUAGGCAUAAUUAAAAGACGUCCGUUUUCAGUGCAUGAGAGGAUUAACAUUAUACGAUUCGUCAGGGCUCGCUUUAAAUCGUAUUCGUAGGUUAUCUCGCUACGACUUAAAGUAAGAAGAAAUCGUUGAGGUUUUUCCCCAAGUUUAAAUUGGGGGCUUGUAACAUAACAGACUAAUUUAGUCCUUUCAGUAAGAUGACCUCGAAGAAUUCCAAAUUUCACUCUCGCUUCGUCCGUAUCUUCGUUCCAAUUGCUCUUCGAAUUAAGCCAACCUAUGUCAUCUGGGGAAAAAAAAAAGAUUUUUCUCUUUCAAUAAAAACCCGUCUUUAGUACUAAUCAAAUGAAUUCUCUUCUUCAAUGCCUUAUAGUAAAUUUAUUGGACGGUAAUAAAUACUGCCAACUGAAUAACUUACAAUUAGCUAAUGCUCCUAUGAUAAGAAGGGAAAAGACAAUUUCAACGACAAACGUUCGCGUCAUUGUUUAUAUUUCAACUGAGCUAUUAUCUCACCUUUAACCAGUUUAAAUAAUAGAAAAGAAAAAAACACGUAUAUAUUAAGA